AUUUGUUAUGACAUAGUAAUAUCUUUAGAUUUAUUUGUUUAGGACAGUUAAAAACGGUAACUAAAUAUCUAAAAUGGUGCCCCAUUAAGAUGGCUAAAACAAAGGGGAACCUUACCUUGUCCUACUACCACUAAGCUUUCUCCUGCAACUACGAAAUAGCUUAAUCGUGUCAUUCUUGAACAGCAGCCAUGCGGCCCCAUCUCGUGUCAUCCAUUUUUGUCUCAAAUACCCCCCACACCUUAAUCUAAUCUGUGUUUGUCAGAUUAUCAUACAGGGAAGAUCAGAUGAGGAAAUUGUGUCCGAAUUUCGACAGGGAAGAUGGGCUGGAGACCAUCCUGGAGGUGCCCAUUCCGGACGAGAUGUUUGCGAGUAUGGGCAACAACGUCGCCGUCCGGUGGCAAACAUUGUCGACGUGGAUGAAGGCCCAGACUUCCGACAAGUGGUCGUCGCCGGUCAUCGUCGCCCGUUACAACGAGAUGAGCUUCCUCCUCUACACCGUCGGAUCUCCCUUGAUCCCCGUCCAAGUUCACUUGGACCCCUCCGCUCAUCACCGCCCUGCCAAACAUUCCUCCAUUGAAGCGUCGACGGCGAAGUACAUACUGACGCAAUACAUAGCGGCGACGGGAGGACAGGCGGCGAUAAACGCGGUGCGGAGCAUGUGCAUUAUAGGGCACAUAAAGAUUGGGACAUCGGAUUUUCAUCAGGGCGACCAAAACGUGAAGACGAGGACGAACGAGGAGAGAGGUGGGUUCGUGCUUUGGCAGAAGAACCCUGACCUCUGGUGCCUGGAGUUGCUCAUCUCAGGCUGCAAGGUUAUCUCCGGGAGCAAUGGCAAGUCUGUGUGGAGGCAAUCCUCAAAUCAACAGAGACCCAUCAGCAAGGGGUCUCCCAGACCCCUCCGUAGAUUCUUGCAGGGGCUUGAUCCAAGAUCCAUAGCGAACCUGUUCAUAGACGCAGUGUGCAUAGGGGAAAAGAUCAUAAACGACGAAGACUGCUUCAUCCUGAAGCUGGACACCCCGCAGUCUGCUCUGGAAGCACAGAGUGCCCAAAACUAUGAAACAAUCCACCACACCAUCUGGGGAUACUUCAGCCAGAGAUCAGGGCUUUUGGUGAAGUUCGAAGAUUCCAGGCUUCUGACUGUGAAAUCCACCAGAGACGACGACGGAGUGUUCUGGGAAACCAGCAAUGAAUCUGUGAUCGAAGAGUAUAAGUAUGUGGAUGGUGUUAAUAUCGCCCACGGUGGUAGGACUUCUGUCACGGUUUUCAGAUAUGGAGAGCAAUCGGCAAACCACAAGAGGGAGCUCCAAGAAACCUGGAAAAUUGAAGAGGUUGACUUUAAUGUUGAUGGUUUGAAUGCAGAGUUCUUCAUGCCACCUACAGACUUUAACAAAGAUUGAUUCAUUGAUGGGGAUCAACAUUUUUUUUUUUUUUUGUAUAUACUCCCAUCAAAUCUAAUAGACAGACACUCAUUUUUGUUUUCCUUUUCGAUUAAGAUCAUUCAAUUCUUUAAACA